AAGAAGAGUAUUUGGUAAAAAAGAGACAUCUUUUAAUGCUAAUUUGCAAAUUCAUUUUCUGUUGAUAAUGAUACUUUUGGACGGUGUUGGGAAUGUUAUUUUAUAGAAAAUUAUUAAAUUAAGGAAAAUGGUCAUUAUGCUUAUUUUGCCAAGUACAAGUGUACAACAUUUUGCAAUGGUGGAAUAAUGUCGUUUGUUAAGCAUAUUGUCGUUUGGUAGAGAAGAUUGAAUACAUAUUGUCCUCUUAAAUGAGUGGUCUUAUUCAUGAUCCAUCUAAUAGUUAUGAGCAUCAAUUUCGAGAUUAUAUGUUGGAGAGAGAGAGAGAGCAUUACAUUUACAUCAUUAUAAAGAAAAAAAUAUGUAAAGAAAAUUUAUCCAAAAUAAUAAAAUUUACAGCUAGGUCGGCUGAUGAUAGUAAAUGGGGGUAUGUGAACAUCUUUAAAGGAGCAGUUAUUAGACUGACAAGAAAAGUUGGUUUGGUGGUUGUCUCCUGAGAUUUUUACUCUGUAGCUCUUCAGCUCAAAAACCACACAACACUUCACAUUUAAUGUCACUCUUGGUAGACUCAUUCUUUUCUGUUUUUGUUCAUAAACAAAACCCAACAACACCUUACAUUCUUUGGAUUUUGCCCUUUUUAUUUUCUGUUCUUUUUUAAAUGUCAAGUUCUUCUAGCCACAUUCUAAAAUGGGCACUCUCAAGAUUCAAUUUUUACUGCAGUAUACCUAUGCUGCUGUUAUACUGAUACAUGUACUAUUAUUACUUAACUCAGUUGAAUCAAAGGUCCUCAUUCAUUUUGCUCAAGCUCCUCCACCAAGAUCAAGGCACUCCUAUGCAGUUUUCAGAUACUCUUUUGAGACUUUGGAUGGUUCAAAUGCAUGCCACAAUAAUACAUGUUCUGUCUACUGUCAGAUUGAUGACCAAGUUUUGAGUCCAUGUCCACAUAAAUUGUUAGUACUCAAGAAUUUAACUGUGAACCAUCACCAUAAAUUUCUUCUCAAUGUUACAACCUGGAAUGGCAAGAGAAACUCAUCAGCUUAUUCUUGGUUCAUUGAUACGAUACCGCCAACUGCAACAAUUUCAAGUAAGCAAGACUAUACCAAUGCUAAAAGAGUAGCCAUUGAUAUCAAAUUCAGUGAAGCUUGCAUGGGAAGGGGUGGCUUCAAGUGUUUGACCUCAUCAAACUGUGAUGUCAUACUCAAAGGGCCAGCCUCUAUAAACCCGAAAUCAUUGCGAAUUAUUAAGCCAGCUAUUCAUUACAAGCUUGACAUAGUUUUCUCCACAACGAGCAUACUUGGACGAGUGGUAGUUAGAAUGGCAGAGAAUAUUUGUACAGAUCAUGCAGGGAAUAGCUUUACAAGAACAAAUGGCUCCUCUAUAACCAUUCACUUUGAUAGAGGGCCGGUUUUAGUGGAUUUCUGGACUGCAGUUCCAUCUUAUGAGCUAGUGCUUAAUGGGGUCCCAAGAACUGUCCUUGCAACUAACAAAAAAGAGGAUUUGAAGAUCUUUUUAGACUUUAGAAUUCCCAUAGUAAAUACUACAGACCAGAUUGCUAAUGCAUUACAAGUGAACAUGGGUAACUUAGUACCUAUUUAUAGUACUAAUCAAGCGAACCGACGAUUCGCUUUUCAUCUCAAUGUUACAGUAAGCACUGUCAUCAUCAAAGUUGAAUUUCAAUCCCAUUUGAUAAUUAGUAAAACAGGAACUCCUGUCUCACCUGCUGACUUAAUCACAUUUGUUUAUGAUUCAAUGGAGCCUGGUGUAAAGCUAAGUACUAGUGCUCCAAAUGUUACAAAGGAUUCGAAAAUCAACAUAAUAGUUGAGUUUACAAAGCCUGUUUUCGGUUUUAAAGCUUCUAUGGUAGAAGUGACUGGUGGUAAGAUAACGAGGUUGAAGGAACUUUCGAAAGCUCUGUACUCGAUGGAUGUCCUCAUGGAAACACAUAAUAUCGUGUCAAUUAUCGUUCCUGCUGGGAAAGUAAAUGACAUUUCAGGAAAUCUAAAUUUGGAGUCUAACAAACUUGAAGUGAUGCACUCAGAUUUAGCCCCUUCACUAUCAGUAGCAUUACACUCAUUUGUAACUGCUGGAAUAUUGACAACAUCAUUUGCAACUGCUGUUCUUUCAAUUUCUCUUGCAAAUCUUGGAGCAUUAGACACUCUUGCUUCUGGUAGUACAAAUCUUAUUGGUACUGACACUGCAAGGAAUCUUCAUGGUAUGGUUGGACAUCUUCAAGUGUUUGUCCUUUCAGAUUGGCUUUCAGUUAAUCAACCAGUUGUAUUUUCUGAGACUGCUAAAGGUCUAAGGUGGCUUAUACCUCAUCAAAAGCUUCCAUGGAAAAAGGAUAGUGCUUCAGUUUGGCCCAGUCAUGUCUACUUAUCAGGAGGGGAGCUUGGAAUGAAGCUUAGCACCAUUUCCGGGGCAAUAGAUUCUUGCUUGACCAAUAUAUCUUGUGCGCGGUUAAAUGACAUAAAACCAAAUCCUGGUUGGAUUUAUGGACAUUACAACAUAAGCAUGAAAAAAGAACCUUAUGGACUAGCUCUUGAUUCCAAAGAAUAUUUCAUUUAUUUCUUGAGAGGAGAGCCACUUUCAGCUAGAGAUGUUGUCAAGAGAAUGGAGAAUUACAAAGGGUGGCAGGACUUGGAGAUGAACUUGUUCUGGCUUGGAGUUGGGGGAGGAAGUCUAGUCAUAGCACAUGUUCUCUUAUUACUUUUCUUAAAAUGGAGAACAGGAACACCAGUUCAUGGCAUUCUUUCAGUACCCCGAUUCGAGCUUUUUCUUCUCAUUCUUAUGCUACCUUGCAUAUCCCAAUCAUCAGCUUUUGUAAUAAGAGGUGGUACAACAGGUGGAAUAAUCACUGGAGCUCUACUACUAGCAAUCCCAGCAGCCUUUAUUUUAUCAAUAAUCAUUUUUCUCAUAAUUGCAGUAUUCUCAGGAACUUUGGUUCAAUACAAGGAAAUCAAGUAUGCUGCAAAUACAGAACCAUGGUAUGCAAAGCUAUGGUUCUUUUUCACAACUAGGAAUGUGAAAGGAAAGUGGUUUUAUAGAGAAGGCAUUCCUUCAUCUUUCCUUUCACGUUUCGGGAUUCUCUUUGAGAGUCUCAAAGGUCCUCCAAUGUUUGUCUUUGUCGAUCAGAACGACUCAAACAUGACUCGAAAAUGGGGUGAAAGUGGCCAUAAUGGGAUUGGGAGAAUAUGUACUGUGAGCUCAGAUGACAGCAAUGAAGAAACUGAUAUUCCCUUACAAAGAAGACUAUUAGGCUGCACUAGAUCAUCAUAUAUAGUUAUUGAUCUUAUGAGAAGGGUCAGUUUAGGAAUUUUAUCUGGAGCAUACUCAUCAAAGAAGCCAAGCCAAAGUAUCUUAGCCUUAACAAUCACACUAGUACAGUUUAUGUAUCUGUUUAUACUAAAACCAUUUUUAAAUAAGGGAGUUCACCUGGUUGAAAGUGUUUCUCUUUUGUGUGAGAUUGGUAUGUUUGGUAUAUCUAUCAGUAUGACUAACACAAAUCCAAUGGAAACACAAGAGUUGGGAUUUGUUAUGCUGGCUCUCCUCUUCAUCACUUUUGUUACUCACAUUAUACACGAGUGGUACGCGCUUAUAAGUUCUUUGUUAAGACUAUCACAUCCUCAGAAAAAUUCUCUCAAGCUUGGAUUGAAGUUUGCUGCUAAAGGUCUAGUUCUUCCUUUCCUCUCAAGAAAGCAUUGGUCUGGAGUGAGAGCAGCUUCUUCACAACCCAAAAUAGGCCUAGUUUCUGGCCUUCCUCUAAGUCCAGAAACCGAGUUGAGAAGAAGAGACAGGAGAGCACCAUUUGCUGACCCAAUUGGCGCCAUGACAGCAACGGUAGUACCAAUGCUUAGUCCUGGUUCACCAUGCUCGAUUGCAGAGAGAAAUGUCGGCUUGCAGAGAACGGGAGAGGGAAAACAGCCGAAGGGAUAUGAACAAGAGUCGAAAAAUGAGAUGAAGAAGUUAAGGGCAUUGGCAAGGGCUAGCUUUGCUGGAGACUCAAGUGGUAAGGAAGCUAGCACUAGCUACACAUAUAGGUAGUGAAAUAGUGAUCUCUUAGUUUGUUUAAAACUUUAAAAUUUGAGUACUAAUAUGUAUAGAAUUCUUAAGAUUCACAAAGUUUCUGCAGAGUUAUAACAUAAUGUUAGUCUCUUCUGAAACUUUCUAGCUUAAUAUAUAAUCCAUCUGAUUUGCACAAAGCACCUUUAGCAAGGUUUUUAUUCCUCUGUGAAAUGAGUUUUUUAGUACAAAAAUCUCUUAGUUACAUGAAUGACAAAGUACAAAUAACUAACUUAACGGUCAAUCAUGACCAAAACUAAUAACCUUUACUGAAUCAAAUGUCAUCUGAUAAUCAUGAAUCUUACAAUGAAAAACAAAACAAAAGAACAACCUAGUGGAUAUUAUUAUCCAUGAGAAUCAUCACCAACAAAUCCAUUAGAGAAAGAAUCUUGAUUCCAUUCUUGAUCAGUGAAAGGCUUGAGAAACCCAUUAAGGCCAUGAACAAUCAACCGUUGACUUCGAUAUAUAUCUCGAAACACAACUGGUGCAUCGUUAAGCAUAGGAAUACCAUCACUUGAAACCCUCACCUCGAUCAUAAAACCCCUUGAAAAAGUCGGAAGCUUUGUCCCAACAACUUGGCUUCCAAUCAAAUCCUGCCACGUCAUCAUUCUCGGCACAACAUGUCGCCGGAAAAUCAAAGCGUAAUCGCUUAUAUUCGAUGCAUAGUAAUCGAAAGUUCGGUCCACCGGAGCAAAGAUGGUCAGUUUGGUCCCGUCACCGAGCCCGGUCAAUUGGGCAUCAAGAAGCGUGGCCAUUAUAUAGUAACCUCUCGACCUGAGAAACUCAGCAACCGAAGCAAAAGAAUCUGUCUUGCCGUGGAACGGGGCAGGCGCCGGAGCCGGAGCUGGGGACGGCGGCUGAUCAGCCCGGAAGAAAGAUGAGUCAAUGAACUUGUCUAUACCGUACAGAGCUACGAACCCAUCACCAAAAACGGCUUUCUCGUUGAUCCUGACGUCGUUUAUGGAGAUGUAGCCGUCGCCGGAGAGAGAAGCGGUGACGAUUAGAGGAUGGUCGGGGACCAUGGUGGGUAUUACUGAGCCACGAGGAAGAGUCUUGAGUGUUUCGAGGGAGAGUUUUACGGGGGACACGUGGCGGCGAAGGAGAAACAGGGAAGGUUGGCCUGACUUGACGAAAGCUUGGUCUGCCGGAGCAAAGACGGUGGCGGUCGGUGAAUCGUGUUUAAUGGUUUGAGAGGCGAUUUUAAGGGUCAAGGACAUUGAGAGGUAGCCGGAGUUUGAGAGAAUCUCGGCGGCGUUUAAAAGGGUCAAGCAAGAGCCGAGAGCAGAGGAGGAGAAGAUAGAAAGAAUGAAGAAGAAGAAGAAGAGAGAUUUGGCCAUGGUAGUGGGAGAGAGAGAAUGGUUCUUGGCUUUCUUUGCCUUAGUC